AUCACGUGGUCAAGCAGGAGCCAUAUUGAAGAACUAAUUUCAAAGCAGGUGGGAAGGUAAAAAUCUUAAAGAUGAGUUACGGACGAAGUCCACCCGAAGUUGAUGGAAUGUACUCAUUAAAAGUAGACAAUUUAACAUACAGAACAACUAUUGAAGACCUGAAAAGGUCUUUUGAGAAGUACGGCGACGUAGGGGAUGUUUACAUACCCCGAGAUCGUUUUACGCGCGAAAGUAGAGGGUUUGCCUUUGUACGUUAUUACGAUAAGCGUGAUGCCGAAGAUGCCAUUGACUGUAUGGAUGGUGCCGUCAUGGAUGGAAGAGAAAUAAGAGUGCAAAUGGCACGUUAUGGACGGCCAACCGAACCUGCAAGACGAGGUCCACCACCCAGGAGGUCCACUUAUUAUGGAGGUUAUCGUAGCCGAAGGUCUCGCUCAAGAUCUGCAUCUAGAAGACGUCGAUCGUACAGUCGCUCCAGAAGUAGAUCUGACAGCCGAUCAAGAAGACGACACUACUCUGAUAGCCGCUCACGUUCACCAUCAUAUGACCGCCACUCGCGGAGCCGAUCUCGAUCACCCAAGCAAGACUGAGGCAUCCUCUAAAACUUGAACUGAGUUAUAUCAUGCGACAGUUUUGCCUCUUGAAUAUCCACCAAAAGACCUUUGAGCAGUUUGAAAGGUUAAUGUCUACUAAACUCAGACUGUUGUUGAUAGACUAAUGUUUUGGGUUUUUCGAUGUAAUUUUAAAAGUUGGGAUUAGCUUACCAUACAUUAACUUAAGUUGUUUUCUUAUCAGUAUAAUAUAGACCUUUUUGUUUCUUUCUUCUGUUUUUUUUCCCCAUAUUUUUACAACAUGUCAAAUUGUGAGACAUUUAGAAUAUUAUUAAUUUAUUAUUUGAUAAAAUGAUUUAAUUGUUUUGAGUUUCAAACAAGGCUAGCAACAGACGUUUGUAUUUUUUUUAAUUUCCAAACUUGCCUUGAGGCAAUACACCACUAUUAUUUUUAAAAAGCCUAAAGCUAAGAGUAAGACGGACACACCAAAAAAAAAAAAUUAAUAAUUAAUAUGCUCAGGUACUAAGCCACAAUUGGUGGCAAAUAAGAAAAGUAUCUGGGCCCUGUUCCACAAAGCAACUUAUGGACUUAAGGUGAUCAUAGCGCUAAGAUUACUUUGUGGAAUGGGGCCCAGGGCCGUAAAACAAAAUUUAGUUGCUCGUGCAGUGCCGAUGUUCAUGUUAUUUGUCAUAUGGUGUACUUUAAAAAAAAUAAAAACACUUGCAGUAUUUGUAAUAGUUCUAAAUUAAUAUUUAUGUAAUACAUAAUAAUAAUAAUAAUAAUAAUAAUAAUGGUGGUGUAUAACCUUGAUGAAUAGUAGACUUUUUUGUUUGGUAGGUUAAUCCCUACGAGUGCAUUCUGUAUCUCAUUCAUAAUACAAGAUUGUAUAUAUUAUCACUUUUCAAUAAUUAGAUUUUUUAUUUUAUUUUUUUAAAUCUUAUUUUGAUGUACGAGACAUUUAAGACGAAUGUUAAUAUUGUUGCAACUAUUAACUACUUUUUUUCUUAUUUCCCUGUCGCUGUGUAGGGGCUGUAAUGUUUCUACUGUGCAGUAUGCUGUAAUGUUAGCUGUGCAUUGGUGGCUGCCGAUCAGAUGUUGCAGUCCGUUAUCUUAGCUGUCAAUGCUGUCUGUCGGAUGUUGCAGUCUGUCGUAGAGUGGUCACUGCAUCAGUCGCAGAGUCCAGUUUGCAGUAGAGCUGUAUGCUGGUAGCUGAGAUGCAGAUUCCAGUUUUUAUAUUUAAAAAAAAAAAAAAAAAAAAGACUUAAAAGCAAAUAUCUUGAACCAUUUCCAUGUUAGGUUUCAAAAUGGGUAGAUGCUAAAGUUUUAAUACAAAUCUGUGUGCAAGGCAUAUAAAAAUGCAUUAAGCAUCAAUAUCUGUUGUUGGAGUCUACUGUGAUGUGGGUCUGUUUGGAAAUUGUAAACUUGGAAUGCAUAAAGUCUAACGAAUCCUGCAUCGUAUUGUAUCUCUGAAUGGAUUGGGUACAAUAGACCAGUCUGACGGUCCUGUUGGUAUUCUCAGGGGUCUGACCCAGAUUUCGACCAAUGUUUGAAAAAGUCACGAGCCCUUACAUGUAAUAUAGUUAAUACUUUACAGUGGCCCAGAUCGAAAAAUCACUCGGCUGGCACUGGGGCAGGGCUUCUAAUUUUUUUUAUCAAAUCCACUAGCCAUGAGAUGGUGAUUUCAAAAAUUUACCAGCCAUGAUUAAAAAUUCACUAGCCAUACUUUACGUCAAGUUUAUACAAUUUUACUACAUACUAGUAAUAAUCAGAUUUGUCACUUAAAGAGGGAAUUGGAGCUUACUAACAUCAUUUACAAAAUAGACUUACUUACAAAUUUUUUUUUUUUUUUUUUUACUAGCUGUCUGGCUUGGCAAUAAUAGUUGUUUACUAGCCCAACAUUGAAUAUCACAAGCCAUGGGAGUGAGGCUACCAUAAUCAAAAAGGCCUGACUGGGGGCUAGUUAAUUUUAGAACCUUGUUUAAAUAAACAUCCACUUGAAGGUGUAUCUCCCCAGCAUAGAAAUAACCAUAUUUUGAAAGCAAAUUUAAAAUAAAUUAAAAAUAAUUUCAAUACAUUUUUCGUUAUAUUGCUAAAGAUAACAAGAGGUAAAUAAGUAAUAAAUUAUCAAACAAAAUAAUACAUAGCAAUCCCUUUGAUGGUGUGAUCAAUUCAGGCCUCUGAAAAUUGUGAAGAAACGAUUGGAACAUGCAAUAAAUUUAUGAUUUUUUAUUUAUUUUUACAUUGCCAUGAUGUGAGUUGCACCAAUUUUCAAUUCACAUAGGCCUGUAAUUGCCCAUAUAAAAGCAUUUUUCCAAAUAAUUUUCCUACCUGUCCUAUUAUUAUUUUGCCCACUCCUGAACAUGUAAUAGGAAAUUAGCAAAUGUUUGGUUUGUUGUUCAUCCCCAUCUUGGAUGCAACCAUCACGUUAAAAUUGGUGUCAAUUGCUUAGAAGAUUUAUACCAUUUUUGCAUUCCAGUAAAUUUGUUUUUGCCUGUUGGGACUAAUAAACCUAUUGUAUUUACUAUGAUAACUAUGUAAUAUGUUUUUAAUUUUGAGUUUGGGAUUUAUAAUAUAUUGAUGGGUUUCUUGGCAAAAAUUAAUAAUUUAUUUUUCAGCUGGGUUUGUAAAUGUCUCAACUUGUACUACAGUCUGUUGCCAUAAUGGUAAUCUGUAGUGCAAAUACUAUCCAGAAGUGGAUUUAUUACACAUGGUCAGCACACAACCUGGACCUUUGCAAUCAACAUAGAGAGUUGUCUGUGUAUAUUUUGGCAUAAAUUCCUACAGAUGUUUCCUCGACUACAAUUUGCACACCAAUCCGUAUAUAUAUCUCAGUAUAUCAAAUCCAUUUUUAAGGAUGAGAGUAAUUCAUUUUAAAACCAAUUUAUUUUAUUUUUAACUUCCAUGAAGUGAGGGGGGUUACUCGUGUACACAUAUUCUUUAUAACAACUAUAGUAAUAAAGUUGUACAGAUGUGAA